CCCAGUGUGCACUGGCAGGGGCCCCCAGAUGUCAGAUGAGAUCUUGUUUUGGUGUUUUGCUAGCUCGCAAAUCAUCUAAUCAAUUUUCUACCCAAUAAUCAAUGAAAGUUGUCGAAAUUGUGAAACACACCGUGCUGUUCACGCCCAGCAGUAAACGCUGAAGCUGCUUUCGGUUUCGUCCGCCGUACGGCCCAAGGACGGGGCCCCGUUUCGGACCCUCCCCCGUGUGUGUGCACCCGAGUGUGCGUAUUCAGCGGAAAGGAAGAAAGAAGAAGGAGCAAAAUCUGCAAAUGCAAAACAAGGCAAAUUAGGAAACCACGUAUUGCCAUCGCGAUCGUCUUCCUGUCAUCCUGUCCUACCUUGGAAGGAGGAAUUGUGUGUGGCAGUGUGAAAACUGUUUGUGUUUUGCUACGGGAAGCUGCAUCGCUGUAGUUGGAUUAAAUAUCGUGCCCGACCACCUUCCUCCCCACUCCCCUGGGGGUGACGGUCUCAUGGUUUGCAUAAUAUGAACGCAAUGUGUGGUGCCUGUGUGUUGUGUUCGUGCAUGGCGUGCAGUUGCUGUGAGCAAAAUUGAGAGCUAAUCAAAACAUCGAAAAAUACACAAAACCCUCCCCGUCCCCCCCGAUCGUCCGGACCGCCAUCAUGCACUGGGUCGUCAAUCUGGACGGUGGGCCGCGGCGCGUCAACCAUGCGUCCGUGGUGGUGGGCGAAUUCAUCUACUCCUUCGGUGGGUACUGCACCGGGGAGGACUACCACUCGAACAGCGCCAUCGACGUGCACGUGCUGAACACGCACAACAUGCGCUGGGCCCCGAUCCCGGCGGUGGAGGACGAGAACGGGGUGCCGUGCAAGUACCCGGAGGUGCCGUUCCAGCGGUACGGCCACACGGCCGUCGCCUUCGAGCACAAGAUAUAUCUGUGGGGCGGGCGCAACGAUGAGAUUGUGUGUGACAUACUCUUCUGCUUCGAUACGCGGACGCGCAAAUGGAGCCGACCGUCGGUGACGGGCACGGUGCCGGGUGCGCGGGACGGCCACUCGGCCUGCAUCUACGCCGAGCGGAUGUACAUUUUCGGCGGGUUCGAGGAAAGCAUCGACAAGUUUUCGUGCGACGUCUACUAUCUGGAUCUGCGCACGAUGCACUGGACGUACGUGAACACGCUCGGGGAGCCGCCCUCGUAUCGGGACUUUCACUCGGCCACCGUGCUGAACCACCGGAUGUACAUCUUCGGGGGGCGCAGCGAUGCGGUCGCACCGUACCACUCGCAGGAAGAAAUCUACUGCCCUAACAUUAAGUUUCUCGACCUGAAGGCGGACCGGUGGUACACACCGAAAACCACCGGCGAAAUCCCCGUCGGUCGAAGAAGUCAUUCUGCAUUUAUUUAUAAUAACAAAAUCUACAUCUUUGCGGGCUACAAUGGCAAUAUAGACAAACACUUCAAUGAUCUCUACUGUUUCGAUCCGGAUCGGAACGUCUGGCGACAGGUUACGCCCCAGGGUCAGGCACCACGUGCUAGACGGCGCCAGUCGUGCCUGGUCAUUGGCAAACGAAUGUAUCUUUUUGGUGGCACCUGCCCAACACACAAUGGUGACCCCUCAUCGUUUGACUAUAGCGACACGCACGUGCUAGACUUUGAGCCGAGCCUGUGCACAUUGGCCAUCCUUAAAGUUCUGGAGUACAAGCUCGACAUUUCUGUUUUACCUCAGGAUAUCAGAAUCGAAAUACGGAACAUGUCUACGCCAAACAAAAUCGGUCGAUCGCUGAACAAGGGUUGAACGAUCACCAUCACGCGUACAAAAGAUGGGCCCCACCGCCCGCGAGACACACACAUAUACACACACACACACACACGUAUGAAGAGAGUAACACACCUGUUUUGGUUGGUUCCGUUUUGUUUUGUUUGUUUGAAAUUACCAUCAAGUCAUUAUGGGGAAAACAAUUGUGCAGCAUAAAUUAUAAGUGAAUUUAUUUCAGGUAAAAUACAUUUUGUUGAACGUGCAA